AAAAUCCAAUACACUCUAACAUCUGAGUGAAACAACUCUUUAAGAUAUAACGAGGCAAAGCCAAACUACAUAUCCAUUCUAUCUUCAUGGAUAAGCUUAUUCCAACCAUUUCGUUCAUAUUUUUUCUUAUAUUUCUAGCACCGAAUAAGGUGGCAAAUGCAACAACAUCACCUUCAUCCAUCUGUAGCCAAACCCCUUAUCCAGAGUUGUGCAAUUCCCUCACAAUCACCCCACAAUCAACCCUAGAUGAUGAAACCUCAUCAUCAUUCAACGUUAGAGAUGCUAGCCUUAAGUUUACUUUGGCACAAGCUCAAUAUGUCCAUAACCUCAUUUCCACCAUGGACACAACUUCAUUCGAUAAGCUAAGUAAAGCUGCUUGGGAUGAUUGUCUCCAACUUUAUGAAGAUACCAUCAACAACCUUGACCGUUGUUCAAGUUCGAAAAACAACUUAAACGAUGUUCAAACAUGGCUAAGCGCUGCCUACGCAAACCAUGAAACAUGCAAGAAUGGAUUCAUUGAGUUUCAGUUGAAUUCUAAAUUGCAAUCCUUUCCAUUCUUCAAUACCAACUUCUCAAAACACCUCAGCAAUUCCCUUGCCAUAAAUAAAGCUUCUAUAACAUCAUCAUUAUCAGCUUCUCAAACCAAAAACAGGAAACUAUUAUCCCUUGACUCUGACGGUUUCCCAUCAUGGGUUUCGACCGGUGAUCGAAAACUUCUGCAAUCAUCAGGAGCACCAAAAGCUAAUAUCGUUGUGGCGCAAGAUGGUUCAGGAAAUUACAAAACAAUUUCCGAAGCCUUGGCAGCAUCUUCUAGCCAGAGAAGUGGUUCAGGCAGAUUUGUGAUCUAUGUCAAACGCGGUAUUUACAAAGAAAACGUUGUUGUUACAAAUUCAAUGACCAAUAUUAUGAUGGUGGGAGAUGGAAUUGAUGCCACGGUCGUUACCGGCAGUAAAAAUGUCGUAGAUGGCGCAACAACCUUUAAUUCGGCAACUUUUGCUGUGACUGGAGACAACUUCAUUGCACAAGACAUGACAUUCGAAAACACAGCCGGGGCGGCCAAGCAUCAAGCCGUGGCUCUCCGGUCUGGAUCCGACUUUUCGGUGUUUUAUCGUUGCAGUUUCAAAGGAUAUCAAGACACAUUGUACGUAUAUUCCAAGCGUCAAUUCUACCGCGAAUGCGACGUUUACGGAACCGUAGAUUUCAUCUUCGGCGAUGCAGUCGUGGUUUUCCAGAGCUGCAACAUCAACUUAAGGCAACCAAUGAGCAACCAGAAGAACACGGUGACAGCUCAAGGAAGAUCCGACCCGAACGAGAACACUGGAAUCGUGAUCCAUAAUUCGCAAAUCUCCGGGUCUGGAGUGUCAGUCAAGAGUUAUCUGGGUCGGCCGUGGAAGGAAUAUUCACGAACUGUUAUCAUGAAAACCGGGAUCAGUAGUGUCAUUGAUCCGGCUGGGUGGCUCCCUUGGUCUGGCAAUUUUGCUUUAGAUACUUUGUAUUAUGCGGAGUAUGCCAACACCGGAGCCGGUGCCGGAACCAGCGGCCGGGUGAAUUGGGCUGGAUACCAUGUUUUGACUAACGCUGCUGACGCCCAGAAAUUUACAGUUGGGAAUUUCUUGGCGGGAAAUUCGUGGAUUCCUUCGACCGGUGUACCAUUCACGGCAAGCUUAUGAUUUUAUUUUAUUUUUUCCCCAAAAGAAUUCCAAAUGUUAGUUUGUAUACUUUUGAUUAAUUCUCUAUUGGCCUGUAUAUAUGGCAUUAUAGUUUACCACCAAGGUAUUGUAAUUUGUAAUACGUACGUAGUAUAUCUCAGAUGCU